AUAAAUUUGCCGGGUCAAGUCAUUUGUUCUCCAUUCCAGCUGCCAGCGUAAUUGUAGGUUGACCAAUCUUGACGACAUCGGUUGUGUACGUUGUACAGUAUUUCCAUUCCACCUGCAGCUAUACCCACCUGCAUCCGCCUCAGCUCCAUUUGGGAUUUUGUUCCGAUCUUUUUUCUUACCUGCUUACGACAUCGUCGACUGAGCACCUCUUUUCACAUUCUCGCCAUAUCACCAGUCUAGCUUGGGGUAGAAGACCAUUGUCGAUAUACUAUAGCAAUUUACCUUCAACUCACGUGAUUUUUGUGCUGCUCAGCCCCAAUCACAGCCACGCAAAGUGCCACUGAGCUGCCACUUGGCCCGCAUUAAUCCCAGCACAGCAACUUUCCAGCACUUCACUUCGGACAAGUGAACUCAGUGACGGCGUCACCCCUCGUUUUGCAGAAAUGGCCUGCUACAUAACCCCGCGCACCACUGCCACCACUUCUUUUCUUCUUCGUUCAUCGAAGAUUCUUUCUCACCGUUGUGCUGCACCUUUACGUUCUGCUUCUGCUUCUGCUCCUUGGACUGUCCGUAACUUUCACGCUUCCUCCGCCAACAUGACGAUCAAAGCUUGGUUCGACGUCGAGUACACCGACGCUGCUCUCGACAAGGCCCGCACCGAUGCUCAACGCUCGGGAGGCGAGGUUCCUCCUCCUAAGCGAGGCCGCAUCAACUUCAACCUCUUCGACGACGUAGUCCCCAAGACUGCCGAGAACUUCCGUGCUCUGUGCACCGGCGAGAAGGGCUUUGGCUACAAGGGCAGCAAAUUCCACCGAAUCAUUCCUCAGUUCAUGUUGCAGGGUGGUGACUUUACCCGCGGCAAUGGCACUGGCGGCAAGUCCAUCUACGGCGAGAAAUUCGCAGAUGAGAAUUUCAAGUUGCAACACAACAAGCCUGGUCUGUUGUCCAUGGCCAACGCUGGUCCAAACACCAACGGAUCCCAGUUCUUCAUCACCACCGUCGUCACCUCGUGGUUGGAUGGCAAGCACGUCGUCUUUGGUGAGGUCGCCGAUGCCGAGAGCAUGAAGGUCGUCAAGGAACUCGAGUCCACUGGCUCUGGCACCGGUCAGGUCAAGCUCAACUUCAAGCCUACCAUUGUCGAUGCCGGUGCCGAUCCAAAGAAAUAGACGGGUGCAAGAUAACGGCCCUAUCACUUGCCUGGCAGGCAGAUCACCCAUGAACGAACGCUUAUAUCACGCGGUACUUGAGAAACAAAUAAUACCGCGGGAUCUGCUUGACCGGAAGGUGGGCUGUGUGUGCAGUCAGACAAUCAAAAGGGACAAGUCAACUGUACAAUGCUGCACAUGCACACCAGCACUCAAGUGAUGGAGGACAAGCAAAACGGGGCUAUCAUGACUUUGACUUAGAAAAGAAGACCACAUUCAAAGUCAGAAGCUUGAUAAUGGAAUGAAAAAAAGUUCAUCCUCUGUUCAAACCAUACAA